AUAUAUUAGUAGAGUAUAUCUCGCAAUCACAUAGUAGCGCCACUAAUCUUCUGGAGUGUGCUAGUUGUAUAAAUAUCUACCCGUACCAGCACUGUUUGCUUAAUGCUUCAAAACACUCUGCUUGACUUCCCCUUCUCUUCCCUAACCUUUGCACUGUCCAAAAUGGCUUCCUGAUCUCCUCCUCAACUUAGCUUACUCCCUGUCAAUCAAAGAAGAAACUCAAGUUGCAGCCAUUAGGAGCAAAUUAAUCGCUGCUCUUUCAGAUAAUCAACCAUGGCUACUGUGAACAACUGGCUCGCUUUCUCCCUCUCCCCGCAGGAGCUGCCGCCCACCCAGACGGACUCCACCCUCAUCUCUGCCGCCACCACCGACGAUGUCUCCGGCGAUGUCUGCUUCAACAUCCCCCAAGAUUGGAGCAUGAGGGGAUCCGAGCUUUCGGCGCUCGUCGCCGAGCCGAAGCUGGAGGACUUCCUCGGCGGAAUCUCCUUCUCCGAGCAGCACCACAAGGCCAACUGCAACAUGAUCCCCAGCACUAGCAGCACAGCUUGCUACGCGAGCUCGGGUGCUACCGCCGGCUACCAUCACCAGCUGUACCACCAGCCCACCAGCUCCGCGCUCCACUUCGCUGACUCCGUCAUGGUGGCCUCCUCGGCCGGCGGCGUCCACGACGGAGGUGCCAUGCUCAGCGCGGCCAGCGCUAAUGGUAGCGCUGGCGCUGGCGCUGCCAGUGCCAAUGGCAGCGGCAGCAUCGGGCUGUCCAUGAUCAAGAACUGGCUGCGGAGCCAACCAGCUCCCAUGCAGCCGAGGGUGGCGGCGGCUGAGAGCGUGCAGGGGCUCUCUUUGUCCAUGAACAUGGCGGGGGCGACGCAAGGCGCCGCUGGCAUGCCACUUCUUGCUGGAGAGCGCGGCCGGGCGCCCGAGAGUGUCUCGACGUCGGCACAGGGUGGAGCCGUCGUCACGGCUCCAAAGGAGGAUAGCGGUGGCAGCGGUGUUGCCGCCACCGGCGCCCUAGUAGCCGUGAGCACGGACACGGGUGGCAGCGGCGCGUCGGCUGACAACACGGCAAGGAAGACGGUGGACACGUUCGGGCAGCGCACGUCGAUUUACCGUGGCGUGACAAGGCAUAGAUGGACUGGGAGAUAUGAAGCACAUCUGUGGGACAACAGUUGCAGAAGGGAAGGACAAACUCGCAAGGGUCGUCAAGUCUAUUUAGGUGGCUAUGAUAAAGAGGAGAAAGCUGCUAGGGCUUAUGAUCUGGCUGCUCUUAAGUACUGGGGUCCCACGACAACAACAAAUUUUCCAGUGAAUAACUACGAAAAGGAGCUGGAGGAUAUGAAGCACAUGACAAGGCAGGAGUUUGUAGCGUCUCUGAGAAGGAAGAGCAGUGGUUUCUCCAGAGGUGCAUCCAUUUACAGGGGAGUGACUAGGCAUCACCAGCAUGGAAGAUGGCAAGCACGGAUUGGACGAGUUGCAGGGAACAAGGAUCUCUACUUGGGCACCUUCAGCACGCAGGAGGAGGCAGCGGAGGCAUACGACAUUGCGGCGAUCAAGUUCCGCGGCCUCAACGCCGUCACAAACUUCGACAUGAGCCGCUACGACGUCAAGAGCAUCCUGGACAGCAGUGCGCUCCCCAUCGGCAGCGCCGCCAAGCGUCUCAAGGAGGCCGAGGCCGCCGCGUCCGCACAGCACCAUGCCGGCGUGGUGAGCUACGACGUCGGCCGCAUAGCCUCACAGCUCGGCGACGGCGGCGCCCUGGCGGCGGCGUACGGCGCGCACUACCAUGGCGCCUGGCCGACCAUCGCGUUCCAGCCGAGCGCGGCCACGGGCCUGUACCACCCGUACGCGCAGCCGAUGCGCGGGUGGUGCAAGCAGGAGCAGGACCACGCGGUGAUCGCGGCCGCGCACAGCCUGCAGGAGCUCCACCACCUGAACCUGGGUGCUGCCGCCGGCGCGCACGACUUCUUCUCGGCGGGGCAGCAGGCGGCGAUGCACGGCCUGGGUAGCAUGGACAAUGCAUCACUCGAGCACAGCACCGGCUCCAACUCCGUCGUGUACAACGGUGUUGGUGAUAGCAACGGCAGCACCGUCGUCGGCAGUGGUGGCUACAUGAUGCCUAUGAGCGCUGCCACGGCGACGGCUACCACGGCAAUGGUGAGCCACGAGCAGGUGCAUGCACGGGCACAGGGUGAUCACCACGACGAAGCCAAGCAGGCUGCUCAGAUGGGGUACGAGAGCUACCUGGUGAACGCAGAGAACUAUGGCGGCGGGAGGAUGUCUGCGGCCUGGGCGACUGUCUCAGCGCCACCGGCGGCAAGCAGCAACGAUAACAUGGCGGACGUCGGCCAUGGCGGCGCACAGCUCUUCAGUGUCUGGAACGAUACUUAAGCUACACAUGCCGGCCUGGCAAUCCGUCGUAAAACGUACACUGACAUAAAUAACACUUAGGGUUCCUGAUGGAGGUGACCAGUAAGUUGUUAUUUGUCAUAUGCUUAAGUUCUUAAUUUGUAGCCGGAAGGAAAGCUAGGGCUUCUUCUGAAGGGUGGGGUGAUGGUUUGUGAAGAGUGCCAUGGGGGUUUUCUCCAUGACGAUACCUUCACUUGCUGCCAUUUUGGGGUUUCAGGUUCAGAAGAUGGAUACCAAGUAAUUGUAUUAACCAAGCCAUAUUAAAUUAGAUGGGUAGAAAAUGGUAGCUAGGGUGGAUGACCUGACAUGAGGUGAAAACUGAUGGCAUCUUAAUGGCCUAGCUUUUCCAUUCAAAUGAUCAAAUUGAAG